CCGUUGUGCUUUGCAAGAUGGAAAUGGGCUCACAAUCUCCUUGGAAGCUUCCGGCCAUCGAUUUCACGAAGCCGGAGCUAAAACCGGGCACUGAUCAUUGGGAUUCAGUGAAGGGGCAAGUCAAAAAGCCCUUAAAGAGUUCGGUUGCUUCGAGGCUUUGUUCGACAAGAUCCCUUAGAAAUUCGGGAAACAACAUUUGGAGCCGCGGAAGAGCUAUUUGAUCUUCCUUUGGAAUCAAAAGUCGCAAUGUUUCCAAACAGCCUUACUAUGGUUAUAUUGGCCAAGACCCUAGAAUACCAUUUCUCGAGGGAUUGGCUUUGAUGAUGCACAGAUUCUUGAAAACGUUGAAGCCCAGAGUCGUACGUUUUGGCCUCAAGGAAACACAAGUUUCAGCAAAACUAUACAAUCCUUCGCAAAGGGGUUAACGGAGUUAAGUCAAAUGAUAAGAAGAAUGAUAUUAGAGAUUUUCCAAGUGGAGAAAUACAUGGAUGAGCACAUGGAGUCGAGUGAAUGCAUUUUUAAGAUAAUGAAAUAUAAAGGGCCGAAAACCGGUGAAGUUCAAGUUGGACUAGAGGCUCACACGGACAUGACCUUAGUGACCAUUUUGUGCCAAAAUGAGGUUAAGGGAUUGGGACUUCAGAGCAGCAGCACCGAAGAAUGGAUCGAUUGGAUUCCGUCCAAAGACGCUUUUGUCGUCAUCAUUGGAGAAUCUCUCCAUGCAUGGUUAAAUGGGCGGUUAAAGGCCACUUAUCACCGUGUGAUGCUGACCGGAGACAAGCCGAGGUACUCCGUCGGACUGUUUACGGUCCCGAAACCAGGUUACAUGAUAAAGGCACCGGAGGAGCUAGUGGAUGAAGCACACCCCUUACUCUAUAAACCCUUUGGUUACGCUGAACUAUUGAAGUUCGUUGUUAGCCACAAAGGUCGACAUAAUCGGUCUGGUUUUGAGGCUUAUUGUGGUGUUAAAAAUUAAGACAUUUUGUAACCUUGAUCAUCAUUAUGUGCUCUUUUUCCUCUUCUACUUGGAGGGGUUUUUUAAUGAGGCAUAUGGUAAUCAUGUAUAACCAUUUUCCUUCAAUAAAA